AUGAAACAUUUUAGAAGAAAAUCUGGGGUAUCCAACCACAGUGGUAGCAGUGAUGAAAAACGCCAUUCAAAAGUAGAAGUGACAAAGGAAGAUAUGGCAAGAUUAAAAGUCCGUACAGCAUCAGUGGCAGAUCCAAUCUUGGAAGCUGUGCAAGAAGCACAGCCUUUCGAACAAGCUGCAGACACAUUCCAUGAUAACAUGAAUAGACAGUCCUAUUUCUCAGUAGGUGAAGACGGUCAACAGCAACUUCUAAGAGACGUCUUCGGCCAACCCAUCACCAUACCUGACGUAUCUAAUCCAACUAGAUCUCGUGAUGAAAGACCUUUGGAUACUAUCAGAUCCUUCGAAUACGCUGUCUCCGGCGACCCGACCUGGGCUCAGCAGCUAGAGACACCACAAUAUGGGUUCCAUGUAAGACCAGAAUUUAUUAAUUAUUUUAGCACUAAUAUCAAUAAUAUUCAACCAAUGUACGAUGAACAAGGUAAUAUCAUUCAGACUCAACAACAGGCACCUGUAAUGAUGAUGGGUGAACAACCUGUGUAUCAACCUCCUGUUCAUAAUGAUUUAGAGAAUGGGAAGAAGAAAAAGAAAAGAAACUUCUUUGGUAGAAAGAAGAAAUAA